CGCCUCGGCCGGCGCCGCUUGCGGGGCUUUCCCGGGGAAGGGCGCGAAGACCCCCCGAGGGGCGGCCGGGGGGCGAGGACGAUGGCGGGCGGGGGCUGCUGCCGCCGCCCCCCGGGCCGCCCGAACGAGGACAACGCGCGUUUCGCGGUGCUGGCGGCGCUGAUCGUGCUGUACAUGGUGUUCGGCGCGGCCGUGUUCUCGGCCAUGGAGCGGGCCCAGGAGCGGGCCGCCCGCGCGCGCUGGGACCGCGCCCUGGCCAACUUCAGCCGCACCCACAACCUGAGCCGCGCCGCCCUGCGCGCCUUCCUCAGGGACUACGAGCGGGCCAACGCGGCCGGCAUCCGCCUCGACGACCUCCGCCCGCGCUGGGACUUCGCCGGGGCCUUCUACUUCGUCGGCACCGUCGUGUCCACCAUCGGAUUUGGCAUGACCACCCCAGCAACUGUGGGAGGUAAAAUAUUUCUAAUAUUUUAUGGCCUCAUUGGCUGUGCAGGCACCAUUUUGUUCUUCAACCUCUUCCUAGAGCGCCUGAUUACAGUCAUCGCCUAUGUCAUGAAGAGCUGCCACGAGAAGCAGCUUAGAAGAAAGGGGACCCUUCCCCAUGACAGCAGACGGGGCUCUGGCAACUCUGAGGUGGACAGCUUGGCAGGGUGGAAGCCCUCCGUGUAUUACGUCAUGCUGAUCCUGUGUUUGGCAUCUCUCCUCAUCUCCUGCUGUGCCUCUGCGAUGUACACCCCCAUCGAAGGAUGGAGUUAUUUCGAUUCACUUUAUUUCUGCUUCGUGGCCUUCAGCACCAUUGGCUUUGGGGACCUCGUAAGUAGCCAGAACGCCCAGUAUGAAAGCCAGGGACUCUACCGAUUUGGCAACUUUGUCUUCAUCCUCAUGGGAGUCUGCUGCAUCUACUCCUUGUUCAAUGUGAUCUCCAUCAUCAUCAAACAGUCUGUAAACUGGAUCCUCAAGAAAAUGGAGUGCCGGUGCUGCCAAAGAUGCCAAAGGAAAGUCUUCCGAUCGAGGAGGAACGCGAUCAUGCCGGGCAGCAUCCGGAACCGACGGAAUAUCUCCAUCGAGACCGGCGGUGUGAUGGAGAGUGACACCGAUGGGCGUCGGCUAUCUGGGGAGAUGAUCUCCAUGAAAGACUUCUUGGCCUCCAACAAAGUCUCACUGGCCAUCAUGCAAAAGCAGCUUUCUGAGACGGCCAACGGCUGCCCCAGGCAAAUCAGCACGCUGUCCAGGCACAAUGGAUUCUCAGGAGGGGUUGGGGCCUUGGCGAUAAUGAAUAACAGGCUGGCAGAGACAAGUGUGGACAGGUAGAGAAGAAGGACAAGAAUGCGGUUGGAAACAGAGCACAGGGGAUGUUGGCAUCGGAGAAGGCAGCCUAGGAGUCUCCCAGUGUAGCCUCCUGGCCUUCUGGUUUAAUUCUCUUGUUUUUUUACCACUUCUGUGUCUUCUUGGAUCUCUGUGGUCAUCUUCUUGAUCCUUCUGUCAUUUCCUGAAAACAGCCAACAACUGAAGGGCAAGGGGCAAGUAACACAGACUAUUAUCCAACGUCAGACUUCUGCUGCCUUUUCGGGGGGCUCUUUAUUCUUUAAACCUAAGAUGGGUUUUAAAAGCAGACUCAUGAAUGCAGCACAAGAAAUUCAGUUCCUUUUCACCAGGUCAGAUCUCUAUUGCACUAAUUUUGACUCAGAGACCACUGACUUUUUCAUUUUUUUUUUUAGCCCCAGCUUCUCUACUUCUCCAGAUUGUCCUCACGUGGACAAAGAACCUCUACUCACCUUUUGGGACUACCGAAUGAUUGUAUUUGUCAAGGAUUGCCAAGCCUGUUCUAGAAUGUAACACGACCCCUUCCUUGAAAGGGCACUGUUACAGCAUGUUAGGGUCCAAAUCAGAUCGACCAGCAAUUCCAUGGACAGGUGUCCCUGGGAAAAAUCUGUUUUAAUUUGUAUGCUAAGGGGUGGGAGAGAUUGUUUGUUUGUUUGUUGGACUCAAUGCUGAGCUUUUGUCCUUUUUUAGAUUACCAGAUGACUCUAUUGUCUAGGCCUUUUAAUAGUUUUUUAUGGUAUUUGUUAAGCACUUACUAUGUGCCCAUGUGCACAUAUUGGAGGAAGGGGGUUUUUGAUAAGAAAACCAAAUUCACUAACAAGCUUUUAAGCAGAAGCACAAAGAAUAUUUCUAUAAUUAUGAAGAACAGUUUGGCGUUAUCUUUUUUAGUGAUCUCGUAGCCCCAUCUCAUUUCUACCAGGGUUUUGGCCUGUUGCAGAGAUAAUGACUGUGUCUUGAUUAGAGCUAGAAACUGAAUAAAUCCUCAUGUUAUUUAAAUACAAUGAUCUGAGGACUUGCUUUGGACAUUUGGGGAGAGAAUCCAAAUAGAAAAUGCAUUAAUCAUGACUUGAAUCACAAGCGUGGGAGAAAUUAACCUAAUGGCCCUCAGAGACCUACAGCAUCUUCUGUGGGGGAACAGAAGAAAUAAUAUACAAAGCUGGAUGUUGAAAUAGGAUUAAUCUGUUGUGAAUAUAUUUUAUUGCCAAAGCACUGUGUGCUAACCCAGAGCAUUGAACGAGAAUCUCAAAUGCCCUCCCUCCUUUUUUCCCUUUGGACUUUUGUAGAGACGAAAAAUAUUGUGGUUCUUAUUGGGCUUUACAAAAACUUAUAUUGUUGAAUAGAUUGCUGUGCCCCUUUUACAACUUCCUGGGAAGGAAACUUUAGGAGUUAACAGACCCUUCCAACCCAAGCUCUUUCAAAAUGAAACUGCCUGCUGCCAUUU